AUGCGUCUCUAUCGUACCAACACGAUAGCCGUGUUCGGGCUACUGUUGUUCCUGAUAGCCAGUCUGGCAAGCGCACAGCAGUGCCAGGGGGACCAGUACUGGUGUCAGGACCGGUGCGGAACUGACGUGGAUACGUGCUGCGAGACGCCAGACGGGCAGCACAACCUAUGUGGUCCAGGACCGCCGGUACCUUCGCCUUCAGACCCAUCGCAUGUCGGGGAGCCCGAUACUGUCAUCACCACACUUACAUCUGGCACGGACACUCUAGUUACGGCCAUUCCAGGGCCCAGCUCAGGCGGUACCUCCGAAGAUGAGACGGUAGCUCCCAGCCUCGAACCAAGCAGCCAGGCAGCAGACCACUCGAGCACGGGCGCCAGCAGUUCUCCUACCGAGAAGCCUACAGAGGGGCCUCCCGGGGAACCUGACCAGGAUCCUACUCAAGAACCCAACCCCGGAACUCCCCAAGGGCCGACACAGGGAACGAAACAACCCAACGAGGAGCCAAGUCAAGCCCCUAGCCAGGAAUCCACUAAAGAGCCUACUCAAGACCCUACUCAGGACCCUACUCAGGAUCCUACUCAGGGUCCUACCCAAGAACCUACUCAAGAACCCACUGGAGAACCCAGCCCCGGAGCUCCCCAAGGACCUAUACAGGGAACGCAAGAACCCGGCGAGGAGCCCAGUCAAACCCCUAGCCAGGAGCUCACUAAAGCGCCUAACCAGGAACCUACCCAAGAGCCCACCCAAGAGCCUACCCAAGAGCCUACCCAAGAGCUUACCCAAGGGCCUGGCCCCGGAACUCCUACCCAAGAUGCUCCCAAGUCAGAUCCCAGCCCUCCAACGGCAACCGAAAACAGCAGUGACACCAUUCCCACAAUUACAGGGUGGCCCGAGUCAGUCACUAUUUCUCCCGUGCCAACCGAAGUGGAUCAACCGAGGCUAGAAAGCGAGGACGAUGGCGAGGACGACGAUGACGACGAUGGCUUUAUUGCCGCCAUUAUUCCUUGCAAGCUUUGGUUUUUCAAUGUUUGCCCCAAGUUUAACAAUAUCGACUUUGGAGGCUGGAGGCUACCGUUGCCCCCUGGUGUUUACCCACCGGGUCCUCCGCCAAUUAAACUGCCGUCACCCAUCCAAAUCCGUGGGAGCCUUCCCCCAUGGCCCCGGUUCACUGUUGGUCCAGACAACCUUCCCACAUUCCCUCCAGAGCCCGACCCUACCAACUGCGAGAUACAGACAGCUGAGCUCUGCUACGCCACAACUUCAUAUGUCGUGUCGACACUAGAGAACGGAGCCGUGGAGACAGUCUCGUCGGUUGUGCCUCCACCAGCCUGCACGAACAUACAGGGAUGCGUAGUGAAGGAUGCGGAUGAAGAAUCCACCGUGACCCACACCGCAGAGUGUCCCACUGAGACAGUAACCGACGUCGUCAUAACCUGCAGCGGCACAGGGACCACAGCCUGUUCAACCAAGACAGAGGUUGCCAAGACUGGUUGCUCCCUUACUGCUACUACGACGACAGUAUCCUGUACGCCAGCUCCUAGCGGCGGCAACACUCGGAAACGGGAUGGAGAUGAUUCCGGCCCGUUCUGCCAAACUAGAAGCGGCUACUCUAUCUGGCCUCGCGAUGAAAAGAAUCUCGAUGAAGCAAAGGCUACUUGGGAUCAGAUGAUCGCGAUUCUUGGGGACGGCGGCUGGAUAGAAAACUUGCAGGAUCGCAAGUUCACUGUGGACUUUUGGCACGCAACCCUAACCGAAGACGAGGCGCAAGCCAUUCGUGAGAUGCCAACUGUCUCCGGCGUAUAUGCUGAUUGCACAGAAUGCGAAUAUGAUCCAACCACGGCGUGGGUCUACCAGAGGGCGUUUCAGCGUAUACCCAUAUCCAAGGACCCUGCUGAGAAACGCCGCUUCGGUAUUGAGCAAAUGGCCUAUCUCUCUUACCCCCCCUCUAAGAACAGAAAAUUCGAGAACACAUAUGUAUUCGACGAUAGCGCUGGAUCCGAUAUCCCUGUUUACAUUGUAGACACGGGCGCUCAGUUAAUGCACUCUGAGUUCAUUGAAGGCGACAACAUAGCCGAUAAAGUCAACUGGAUGUUUGUCGAGCCCAUGGACUUCGAUGGCCCGGCCCGCAAGGACGAUUCGGCAACCCGCGUCGACGGUUAUUGUGACCCUAGCCUAGUAAAAUGCAAGACCCAUGGCACCUCCAUGCUAGGGUUCGUUACCGGUAGCUAUCUGGGAGCCUCCAAAAAUGUCCAACCUUGGGUGGUACGCGUGCCGCGAAAGAGAGAAGGCGGGGGCGGCGCCACGCCGAAUGACUGGUUGAGGGGUGUUGCCAUGAUAAAUGAGAAGAUCACGGAGAAGACCGAGGUUACGCAAGCCAUCGUAUCCCUAUCCUGGAUGUUCGGCGUCGGGGAUAUUGUGCCUGAUUCACGGUUGAGGGAGUGGCAAAAGAAACUCGAGACCGAGAUUACACAGCUCAUUGAGAAGGGGGUGUUUGUGGUGACGGGGUCGGGCAAUUCUGCCAUAAUAAAGGGGUGGCCUGCACUCUUCGGCGCUAAGGAGGGAUCAAUGACCGUGGGGUGGCCACAACCGCAGUAUUACAUUAAAGACCUCCUGGUCGUUGGUGCUGCCAACGUGUUGACUGGGGAUAUAUGGGGCGCUUCCGGCGUUGACGUGGAGAAAGGACUUCCGCACGUUUACGCGCCCGGAGAGAACAUCGUCGGCGUGGAUGGGGACAAGAGGAACUGGGCCUUCAAGGACCGCGGUUCGGAGUAUCGGAUCACCGAGGGAACUUCUGUUGCGACUGCGUACACCGCCGGACUCGCUGCUUAUUUCCUGAAAAUGCAUCAACUUGGCCGCCUUCCCCGGGACAAUGCUGGGAAUCAGCCCGACAUGAGCCCAGGGGGACUAAAGAGGUUCAUACUUGACAAGGCGUGGCCCCGGGUCAACAACCCGAAACUCGGACCUGUUAACGGCAUAUGGAAUGCGGUAGACGAAAGGACUGCCUUGCCGGAGGGCUGGUGUCCUUACGAGAGAGCAAGGGCGGCUAUGCGCAUAUUCCGGCGCCAGGACCAGGGCGAUACCUUUGUUCUGCCAGACCAGUGUAUACUUGGGUCGGAUCCUCCCACCGGGGAUUCCGGUAAUACCGACGGCGACGGCGACACUGGCAACACUGGCGAUGCCGAUGGCACUGCAGGCGCCGGAGGCACCUCGACUACAGCUGUUGCGGCGCCCGCCCCGACCGGCUUCGAGUGCACUGAGGAAACGGCAGACAAGUGCGCACCGGCAGUUAUCUGCAACGGAAUCCAGCGCAACGGCUGCGUCAACGGAAAAUGCGUCUGCGUCAUGCCCGAACUCGAGUGCACUGAGGAGACAGCAGACAAGUGCGCUCCGGCAGUCAUCUGCAACGGAAUCCAGCACAACGGCUGCGUCAACGGAAAAUGCGUCUGUGUCAUGCCCGACCUGCCGACGACCACAUUCGCCACCAUCACGACAUCCAGAAAGCUCACCGCCCCUUCGCCGGACGUAUCUAAGGAAUGCCAUAUCCACAUCCGCGAAUUGGGUUGGAGCAGGGCUCACAAGGUCAAGGUCUGGGUAGACGCUCAUGUAAACGGCGAAUUCGCCGGAGAAAGCGGUGUGCUCUCGACCGAGUGGGGAAACUAUAUCUGGGCCGACGAAGUGGGAUAG